AUGUCCAAAAGAAUCAAUUCCUUCUUCCAACCCAUCCCGUCGAAGAAGCCCAAACCCGAUGCGGAAGCUCUACCAGCAUCCCGCACGCACCACCCAAACUACCCCAUGCCUAUUCGUGACCUCCCCUCGCAUAUCUUCAAGCCGAUCGCAAAUCUCGAGCGUGUACGGCCCCCGCAAGCCAUCAACAACCAGCCACACCUCGACCUGCUGUAUUUCCAGCCAUUCAUCCCGUCGCCGAUCGCCCGCGAUUUGUUCAACUUCCUCCGGAAUGAGCUCCCCUUCUAUCGCGUGCAGUACACCAUCCGCCGCGGUCCAACGGAGACACUGAUCAACACGCCGCGUUACACGACCGUCUUCGGCGUGGACGAGACAAGCAUUUUCAUACCGGGUUCACAGGAUACGAAACCUAGCGGCGUCGACAACUCCUCGUCCGAGUUGACUCAGACCCAGACUCCCACCCUCGCUCUCGUAGAGGCCCGCACCCGCGCCCCACCAACCACGCUCAAAGACAAAACCAAGUACAACCAUCCCCCGCGCCCCAUCCCGCCGUGUCUCGAUGUCCUCCGCCAGGCUGUCGAGGCUGCCACCGCCGACGGAACCCAUUACAACUUCUGCCUGGUGAAUUACUACGCCACGGGCGAUGACAGCAUCUCAUACCACUCGGACGAUGAGCGUUUCCUGGGGCCGAACCCCACGAUCGCGUCCAUCUCGCUUGGCGGGCAGCGGGACUUCAUGCUCAAGCAUAAACCUGUGGCCGGGAGUGACGUCGACGCAGGGAAGCCGCUCAAGUUCCCGCUCAACUCCGGGGACAUGAUCGUCAUGAGGGGCGAGACACAGGCUAAUUGGUUGCAUAGUAUUCCAAAGCGGAAGGGGGCGCAGGGGAGCCAGGGGAGAAUCAAUAUCACAUUCCGGAAGGCGGUGGUACCGGGUGGCACAAAUAAUUAUUAUAGGUAUAAUGUGGGCGACGGCGCGGUUUAUCGAUGGGAUGAGUUGGGAAAACGAAUGGUUGCUGUCAAGAAAGAGAAAGAAACGGAAGGAGUGAAAGAGUCCCAAAAGGUAGACGAAGUGAAGAUUGAGGAAUAA